AUGGUAAAAGGAGACUGCAAUUCAGCUUGGCGGUCAUAUGUAAAUAAGCUAUCAGAGGAAUUAGAAGGAAACAACCCCAAGGCUUUUUGGAAAUAUGUAAACUCGAAAUGCAAGGGUACAAAUGAUUUGAUACUGUUAAAAGUAGGGGAUAAAGAAAUCACUGACAAUAUGGAAAUUGCAGAGAGCAUGAAUACGUACUUUUCGACAGUAUUCACAAAAGAAAGCUUUGAUAGUUUUUCCACUAUGAACAGAGUCAUGGAAGAAAAGCUCUGUGACAUUCAAUGUUCAGUGGACAAAGUCGAGCAAUAUUUAAAUAACAUUAAACAUCUCAAAAUCUCCGGGACCCGACAAUAUCCUAGGUACCGCGUAUCCUAA